UCAGAUGAACAUUAUUUCUGGACCGUGAAAAUGCGUGAAAAGUCAUUUUCACGGCGGGUAUUUUUGAAUUGUUUUAAACAAAAAAUGUUUUUUUUAAGAAAUAUAAUAUUAAAUAAUUGUUUUAAUAUGUAAGAACACUUUAAAAUAGUGAUAAAAAGAUGAUUUAAUUGAAAAAUUUAGCAAAUUUUGCUUUAAAACGUUUUCUGCUACAAGAAAGUGUAAAAUGACGAUGUUUGUGAAAUGGUUUGUACAGUGUACAUGUGUACAUGUUUCUUUCAGUUAUUCGAAACAAUUAGUUGAAUUUAAAUUUAUUUGACAAACAUUUCAACUUACCGAUUUAUUUUCAGCACUCAUUAUUUAUUACAAGUUAAAAAGAACCGACAUAACAUAAACAAAACUCUGAGAGACACUAACAAGGAAGAAGCACUGUACAAACCAUUUCACAAACAUCGUCAUUUUACACUUUCUUGUAGCAGAAAACGUUUUAAAGCAAAAUUUGCUAAAUUUUUUAAUCAAAUCAUCUCUCUAUCACUAUUUUAAAGUGUUCUUACAUAUUAAAACAAUUAUUUAAUAUUAUAUUUCUUAAAAAAAAACAUUUUUUGUUUAAAACAAUUCAAAAAUACCCGCCGUGAAAAUGACUUUUCACGCAUUUUCACGGUCCAGAAAUAAUGUUCAUCUGAUCGAAAUUUGAGGUAUAUAAGUACCUUAAAAAAAACAGAAGUGGCUCAACUUUGUUUUUUGCUAUAAAUGCUUCCUUGCCAGUUGUAACUUGUUUUGAUAAUUUUGGAAGAAUAUUUUUUCUGUUUAUUCAACACAAGUUUAACAUAAAUAAAUAAUAUUUCUUGAAUAUUUUAAGGCAUCUAUAUACAUAAUUAUAUAAAAGAAUUCAGUCCUUUUAAUCCUCAUAUGGAAUCGGUUAAAGAACAUUGGAUAUAAUUGAAAAUUAACUGAAUUCUGUAAAUAAAAUAAAAAUGUCGUACACAACAACAACAAAGAAAGAAACACUUUCAAUCGGCGAUAUACGUAAAUUCAAAAAUGCAUUAAAAAAAAAUGAUAUAAAUCGCAUAAAUAAAAUAAUAUCCAAAGAAAAUGUUCUACAGGCGGCGGAUAAUGGCGAUACUUUUCUUCAUUUUGUAGCCGAAAGUGGCACAAUUAAAAUUGCAAAUCAAUUAUUAAAACUAGGAGCGAAUGUUAAUAUUAAAAAUUUUGAUGGCGAAAUUCCAAUUCUUUACGCCUUGAGAAAUUCCUUUGAAAUGAUUAAAUUACUUUUCAAUGAAAAAACUCACAUUGAUAAAAAUCUUCUUCGUAACGCUUUAUAUUAUGGAACUGAAGAAAUUGUUCGACUAUUAUUACAAAAUGCAAUUGUUGAAAAAAAUUUAGUCGACUCUUUGGAAAAUACGGAAAAUUUGAUAAAAUUUCUUUUAUACGAUAAAAAUUUGUCACUACGAAAUGAGUACAAUUAUCCAUUAUUAAUAUUUUUUGCUGCAAAAAUUGGUAAUAAGAAUAUUUUAAAAUUUAUUUUAAACGAUUGUCGUAAUUAUUUGGCAAAAGCUGAGAAAAGAAAAAAAAAUAAGAAACAUUUGGAAAUAUUAAAUAUUAAAAAUGGUUAUGGUGAAACUGCUCUUCACUAUGCUGUGAGUCAACAACAUUUGGAAGCUAUAAAUUUUCUUUUAAUUGAAGGAAUUGAUGUAAAUUGUAAAAAUAAUGUCAAAUGGACACCACUUCAUUAUGCCGUACGUCUUGAAAAUGUUAAAAUAUGUAAACUUCUCCUCAAAUUUGAAGCCAAUGUUAAUUCAAACGACGAUGGUGAAAAUAAUCCUUUGCAUAUAGUUUGUGGUUAUUUUUUGGGUAAAAUGUCUUGGGGUUUUAACAAUUUGACAAUUAAUAUAUUUCGUCAAUAUUCAAGAAGAAUUCUUUUUAAUUCAAAUAUUAUGGAAUUAUUGCUUAAGCAUGGAGCUGAUGCGAAUAGAGAAGGUAAUAAUGGAAAAAAAAUUCUUUUUCACCUUUGUAAAGCUAAACGUUUAGAAGAAAUGUCAAUUCUUUUAAAAUAUGGUGCAAAUAUUCAUGUUGAAGAUUCUUGUGGAAAUAAAAUUCUUCAUUAUGCCGUUGUUUAUACACAAUCAAUUGAAAUUGUUGAUUUCUUAUUAAAUAAUGGUCUUGAUAUUGAUGUGAAAAAUAAUCAAGGAAAUACUCCACUUAUGUUUUUAAUACAAGAAGAAGUAAUUGAUGUUGAUUUAUCAAUGAUUGAAUUUCUCAUUGAACGUGGUACGAGUCUUAGUGUUAAAAAUAAUGAUGGUGAUACUGUAUUUGGUAUGGCAUUGUGGCAUCGUAACAGUGCUGUUAUUUUAAUGCUGUUGGAAUUAAGAGGUGAUAUUUUAUUAAAACGAGAUUCGAAUGAUGAAAAUCAACAUAUAACGGGCACUCAUUGUUUGGGUUCAUACAAUCAUCCAAUAUUGCCAGUCAUUGAUAAAUCUUUAUGUGCUCUUAUGUCCUAUCUUGCGUUGACAAGAAAUAAUAUAAAUAAUUAUUUUCUUUGCUGUUUGAAUCCAAAUAAUGAUGGAGAAGGAUUUAAAUUGUUUUAUGAACUGAAAUUUGACUUGGAAAAAUUGAAAUCACGUAAGAUUUUAAAGGAGGAUAAUGAUUCAUUUUAUACGUAUUAUGAUUUUUUGGCACGAGAUUUUUCAACUGCAAUUCGAAUUAUUGGAAAUAAAAAAAUGAAACAGGAAUUACUUGAUUUGAAAUGCAAUCAAUUUUCUUACUUUGGUACUUCGAUUCUUCAUCGAUGUAGAUGGGCUGUAAAUUUGAAAAAUUAUUUUGAUAUUAUUGUUAAUUUUUUUCUAAAUUACAGAAAAAUGAAUUUGCCAAUUCUUGUUAUUGAAAUAAUUCUGAGUUACUUUUCUUAUCAAGAUAUUAAAACAUUUGGCAAGAUUUUAUCUGAAAUUUAAUGGAUUUUAAAGAGAAAAAAUUUGUUUGUCUCUUCGUAAUUUUAAUAUUAAUAUUAAGUGAAUUAAACAUAAAUGUUUUUGUGUACGUAUAUUUUAAAUAUAAUUUAAAAAACAAUAAAUAAAAAAUCAUUUUUUGAAAAAAUGAUUUAAAAAUUUCGUUGUAAUCAAUAAAAACUGAGGCAUUUAUAAA